UUUAUAUAUAUAUAUAUAUAUAUAUUAUAAAUUCUCUCUUUUAGGUUUGGGAUUUCACAGUUUUUUAUUUUUUAAUUUUGUGAUUUUGAGAGAGAAAAUACAGAGAGGGAAGGAAUCUGUUCUGUAAAAAUGCAAUCUGGUUUCACCGGUGGUGGAGCGCCGGAUUUCUACACCGCCGGCAGAUCCAUCCCCAACCCAUCUCAGCCGAAUCCAUACAGAUCGCAGCUCUCCGGUGGUGCUUUCUUAGAUCCGACCGCCACUCAGAUCGGUCGCCAAAUCCCCUCUUCCCUCCUCGGAAAACGGAAUCUCGCCGAUCUUCAACAUACCCACCACCAUAAUCUUCCUCUCAACAACCUCUUCCUCCGCUCUGUUAAGCCCAGAGCUUUUGCUCAUCCGAUUUCCCCACUUUCCAAUUUGGAUUUCUACUCUACUAUGUCUCUGCCGUCGACGGAUGUUCAAUCCCACCGUCUUUAUGGCACGAGCUCCACCGCGCUUCUUCAGCAGUUUCGUCAACAGCCGAAUGGGGUGGUUCCGGCGAGGGAUUUGCAGAGUUUGGACUCCGAGAAGAAGAUGAUUAUGAAUCAUCGCCUUCAGGAAUUGGAGAAAGAGCUUCUUGAAGAUAUUGAUGAUGAUGAUGGAAGCGACGCCGUUUCGGUGAUUACGAACUCGAAUAGUCCAUGGUGUGAAACGAUUUAUAAUCUGAUUAGUCCCACGGUGGCGCAGAAUCGAAGUCCGACUUCCUCUGCUUCUUCUUCCUGUUCUUCGUCUACGUCGUCCUCUGUCGCUUCCAAAGCCUCUGAUUCUUGGAAACAAUCUGUAAUCGAGGCAGCCGCCGCGAUUUCCGAUGGGAAAUUAGAGGGUAUUGAUGAGAUUCUUGCUCCGGUGGUUGUUUCCAAUGUGAAAUUGGCGGAAUUUAUGGUGUUUGCUCUGAAAUCGCGUGUGAAUCCAGUGGAAUUCCCGCCGCCGGUGGUGGAGAUUUACGGUGAGGAACACACGGCGGCGACCCAGUUGCUGUAUGAUGUUUCUCCCUGCUUUAAACUCGCUUUCAUGGCGGCGAAUCUCGCGAUUCUUGAAGCGAUCGGAGAAGACGAUCGGAAAAUGCACGUUGUGGAUUUCGACCUCGGGAAAGGCGGUCAGUAUAUGAACCUAAUUCACCUCCUCUCCAACCGCCAGAAAGGGAAGGUUUCUGUGAAGCUAACGGCGGUUGUAGCGGCGGAGAGCGACGGCGAGGAGAGGUUAAAACAGAUCGGCGAGUCGCUGAGUCAACUCGCGGAUGAACUCGGCGUUGGGUUCGAAUUCAACCUCGUAAGACAUAAACUCGCCGAGUUAACACGGGAGUUACUCAGCUGCGAGCCGGACGAAUUACUGGCGGUGAAUUUCGCAUUCAAGUUAUACCGAAUGCCGGACGAGAGCGUGUCGACGGAGAAUCCCCGUGACGAGCUUCUCCGUAGCGUCAAGGCGUUGGCACCCACCAUCGUGACGGUAAUGGAGCAAGAAUUGAACAUGAAUACGGCUCCAUUUUCAGCUCGGGUAGCCGAGUCGUGUAUCUACUACAGUUCGUUGUUCGAGUCUAUUGAUUCGACCAUGCAGAGAGACCAUCCGGACCGGGUGAAGGUUGAGGAAGGGCUGGGACGAAAGUUAGCCAAUUCCCUAGCUUGCGAGGGGAGAGACCGAGUGGAAAGAUGCGAGGUGGCUGGGAAGUGGCGAGCCAGGAUGGGGAUGGCUGGGUUCGAGGCAAGGCCGAUCAGUCAAACCGUAGCUGAGUCGAUGAAAACUCGGCUGAGUUCAGGCUACCGAGUCAACCCGGGGUUCACCGUGAAGGAAGAAAACGGAGGAAUUUGCUUUGGCUGGAUGGGCCGGACUCUCACCGUCACCACGGCGUGGCGUUAGUUUGUUUUUUUUUUUCUUUUCCCUUUUCUUUUUAAUUUUUAAUAUUACCUAAUUUUCUAAAGUAUUAAUAUUAAUAUUAAUAUUAACAUUUUCCCGAGAAAAUGGAAAGGAAAAUGGUGGGGUGUUUGGAUUCCGAGAAAAUUCUUGUAAUUUAAAUUAAAAAAAAGGGGAAAAAAAAGAUAAAUAUUUUCCUAAUUUUGGGGGUGUGUGAAAGCGGAAGUUUGGUGAGUGCCAUCUUGUUGAAACCGGUGGCCCCACUUUUAAUAUUUUCCUAAUUUUAUUUCUUAUAAUAAAAUUAUUGUGAACA